UAAAGUCACUCAGACGCAGCCGGAUGAGUUUUAGUUCGAGAUGGAUUAUUACCCUGGAUUAUAUCUGCAGUGGAGCUGAACUAACUGGAGAAUGCUGGACCGACUCUGUAAAUACAAGCAGGCUUAAGAUCGAGGCAUUUGCACACACGGAUUUGUCUCCAAGGCGUUUCAUUCGCGCGUGUGUUUGUAUAUUUGUUUGGCACACGGAAUCAGGACCCCCGAAGCGAUCAGGCAUCAUCAUAAUGGCAACAUGCGCCGUGAUUUACCCCAGCAGCAGCCUGAUGCUACUCCUGCUGCUCUUCAGACCUCUGCACGGUGGAUCGUACGCCCCUUAUACGGACCGGUCUGGUUUUACAGACUCUAUCGACCUGCCAGUAAAUUCUACCGCUGAAAGCACAAGCUGGGAGGAGGUGAGUGUUCCGGAAAGCUCGCAGCCCGCCUGGAGGACUUUCAACCCCGGGACGGAUUCACUGUCCACUCCGGGCUUGAGCACUGAUGAUCGCCGACUGUCACCUUCUGUCUCCAGUGCCGGGCCUGGGAGGAGGAACCGGACAAACCAUAGCAUAACGUUGGAAAGCUGGAUACGUGAUUCUCAACAUAAAAGCACAUAUAUCUCCAGUACUGGAGAAGUGGAACCUCUGUUAACUAAUAGCACAGUUAUAGAAAAAAAUGAAUUGACCCCUUCUUCGAUACUAGUUACUGACAGUUCCCAAAAUCCUUCAGCAGCCACGACUUCACGAUCAGAAUCUGAAGAAAGUACUACAUUUGAUUCUGAACCAACAGAUCAUUCAUACUCUACGGUAUCUUCAAGAGAAAUUGCAUCUACAGAGCUUUUUGUUUCUAACAGUCAUCUUUUAAAAUCACCUGUCGUUAAUGAGACUUCAAGAAAAGGUGAAGAACUUGAAAACUGGCAUCUUGACACAACAUCUGAAGGGGCUGAUAAUCUUGAAAGGUUGUUAAGUACUUCACAUGGUGUUUCUGAAGAACCCUUAUAUACUGUCCCAUAUGUUUUAAAAAUACCUCUAAAUACUUUGCCAAUUGGAUCUAAAAGAUAUUUAACUACUGAAUUGAACAAUCCAGAAAGAUCUGUAAGUACAUCAAUAAAUGAUUCAGAAAUAUUUAGUAUUUUACAAAAUAUUUCUGCGAAGUCUUUAAAUAGCACACAGAACUAUACUAAUUGGUCUUCAAGCACUUCACUGAAAGAUUCUGAAAGAAGUACUUUGACAAAUGUUUUUAAAAUCUUUCCAAACUUUUCACAAAGUAAUACUGAUAGAACUUUAAGUACAUUGCCAAAUUAUUCUAAAAGAACGAAUACUUCGAUAAAUGAUGUUAAACGAUCUGUAAGUAUUUUGCCAAAUGAUUCUAAAACAGCUACGGUUAGUGUUCAAAGUGAUUCUGGAUGGUCAAGUACAUUGAUUAAUGCUUUUGCAAGCUCCUCAAAUUCUUCACCAAGUGAUACCGAAGAAGCAGGUACUACACUGAAUGAUUUGACAAGAUCUUCAAGUACUUCGUCAAAUGAUUCUAAAAUAUCUACAAUUCAUGCUCAAAAUGCUUCUGAAAGUUCAACAACGUUGACGAAUAUUUUUGAGAACCCUUCAAACUCUUCAAGUGAUACUGAAAUAUUGAGUACUUUGAUAAAUGAUUUUAAAAGGUCUGUAAGUACUUCGCCAAAUGAUUCUAAAAUUUCUACAAUUCAUGCUGAAAAUUCUUCUGAAAGUUCAACAAUGUUGACAAAUAUUUUUCAGAGCCCUUUGAACUCUUCACGAAGUAGUACUGAAAUGUCAAGUACUUUGAUAAAUGAUUUUAAAAGGUCUGUAAGUACUUUGCCAAACGAUUCUAAAAUUUCUACAGUUAGUGCUCAAAAUGAUUCUGAAUGGUCAAGUACGUUAAUUAAUGCUUUUGAGAACUACUCAAACUCUUCACCAAGUGACACCAAGGGACGAAGUACUACACUUUAUGAUUUGAAAAGAUCUUUAAGUACUUCAUCAAAUGAUUCUAAAAUAUCUACAAUUCAUGCUCAAAACGCUUCUGAAAGUUCAACAAUGUUGACAAGUAUUUUUCAGAGCCCUUUGAACUCUUCACGAAGUGAUACUGAAAUGUCAAGUACUUUGAUAAAUGAUUUUAAAAGGUCUGUAAGUACUUUGCCAAAUAAUUCUAAUAUGUCUACAGUUAGUGCUCAAAAUGAUUCUGAAUGGUCAAGUACGUUAAUUAAUGUUUCUGAGAACUACUCAAACUCUUCACCAAAUGAUUCUGCAAGAUCAAGCAUUUCAAUGAAUGAUUUUAAAAGGUCUUUAAGUACUUCACCAAAUGAUUCAAAAAUAUCAAUAAGUAGUGCUCAAAAUGCUUCUGAAAGUUCUAGUACUUUGACAACUGUUUUUGAAAGUUCUUCAAACUCUUCAUUGAGUGAUACUGCAAGAUCUUUAAGCACUUCACCAAAUUAUUUUAAAAGAUCUUUAAGUACUUCAUUGAAAGAUUCUGAAAGAUGGAGUUCUUCACCAAAUGUUUCUGAAAGUACCCUACUUAAUGGUCAAAAUGACUCUGAAAGCUCAAUGAGUGCUUCACUAAAUGAUUCUAAAAGUUCAUUAGGUUCUACACCAAAUAAUUCUGAAAAUUCUUUCAGUACUUCAUUGAGCAGCUAUGAAAUUCUCAAUACUACAACAAAUAGUUCUGAAGAGACAACUCAUUCACAUUCAACAUCCAUUCCUAUGGAUUUUGAUAAUGUUACCCAUAGGUCAGAUGCAGUCAAGUCACCAGAUAUUCUAUCCUCAGAGUCAGUUGAUACUCAGACAAAUGGUUCAAGAUCAACAAGUGACUCCAUUCUUAUUUCAGAUGUUGAAAGCAUAACUGCCAUUACAGCAACAAGUCAUUCACUUCCCAGAACUACAGAUGAUAUCUUAAAUACUACUGUACUGUCUGAAAUGUACAGUAUUACUAACUUAAUUGCAACAGCUUUGUCUUCAGUGCCAUCAGAUUCUGAAGGCAUAGUGAAUGAUUUUACAGUGUUAAGUUCUAACUUUACUGCAACUAAUUCUUCUAAACUAGGUUUAGUUGAAGCAGAAACUAAUGGUUUUCUUAAAACUCAAUUUGCAAAAACAACAACAAGCACUAAUCUGAGGCAUGUAUUUCCUGAAAGGCCAACAGACUCUCCCAGAACAUCACUGCCUCCGACAAAAAAUGCUUAUCUGUCAUUUUCUACCAUGGAAACACCUAUCAGAGAAGUAAGAAGAACAUCCUCGGCACCAAUUGUAAUUACAUCUAGGACUCAUACUGGACGAUAUCCAAAAAUUUCACAGGUUCCCACUGACACACCAAAGCCUGAACUAAUUGGUUCAACAGAAGGCACAUUUGCCACUUUAUGGGCCAGGCCAACUGUUUUUAUGAGUACCUCAACAGGGGAUAAAAGAACAGACAGGACUAAAUCUACAACUGCUAUUAUGAAGACGUCUGAACCAGUGAGUACGAGAACUUCAGUUAGCUUGAAGUUUUUGACAAGCGCAAGGUCUUCAACGAGCACAAGGACUUCAGCUAUCACAAGGAUGCCAAUUAGCACAACCUUGCUAACAAGCACAAAGAUUUCAGAAAGUACCACAAUUAUUCCCAUAAGGACUUCGACAAGCACAAAGCCUCAUUCUACUAAAGGGACCAUUACUCCUGAGCCAACUGUGUCAACUGUGAUUCAGGUUACCAGUACAAGUACACCUGAAACCUCCACAGUAUCUGCAGAGAAUCUUUGCACCUCAAAACCCUGUCUUAAUGGAGGCACUUGUAUCAGUAAUUGUAUUAAAUGUAGAAAGUGUGUAUGCCCACCCAACUGGCAAGGAGUGAACUGCAGCAAAGAUGUGGAUGAAUGUCUUUCAAAUCCAUGUCCAUCUCGGGCAAAAUGUGUUAAUAAUUUGGGCUCCUUCACUUGCAAAUGUUACCCUGGUUACUACCUUGAGAAGGGAACACGAUGCACUUUGGCAAGGACCUUUGCAGGUAUUUUCUACAGUGGCAACAAAUCCCGUGUUUCAAGAAUGCAGGAUCUAGAAAGUGAGAUUUUAAAAAUGGUUAAUGCAUCUCUUUUUUCUCUGAAUGGUUACUAUGCAUCUGUCGUUGCAGAUUUAAGUGAGACUGAAGGCAGUGUGUCUAUCUUGAACAUGUUUGUACUCCCUGCCAAUGUGACAGCACCUGAGGUACUGAGUAGUGUGCAAAAUUACAUGGAGAGUUGCAGAUCUAAGACUGGAAGCUGUCAGUUUGUUCUGAAUUAUCAGCUAUCAUAUAAAGCUGAAAAGUUAUGUAGCCUGAAAGUGCCUGAAUGUGACAAUGCAACUGCAGAAUGCAGUGAUCAUAAUGGAAUUGCAGACUGCCAGUGUAAAGAUGGCUACUUCAAAUACAAUACCAUGGAUCCUUCAUGUCGAGCAUGCGAUGAUGGCUACAAGUUAGAGAACGGAACCUGUGCUCCUUGUAUGUUUGGAUUUGGAGGAUUCAACUGCAAAAAUCCUUACAAGCUCAUCACUGUGGUGAUUGCUGCAGCUGGAGGAGGGUUGCUCCUUAUCUUGGGCAUUGCAUUAACUAUCACAUGUUGCAGGAAAGACAAGAAUGAUAUCAGCAAAUUAAUCUUCAAGAGUGCCGAUUUUCAGAGAUCACCAUAUGCAGAGUUCCCCAAAAAUCCCCGAAUAUCCGUAGAAUGGGGCAGGGAAACUAUAGAGAUGCAGGAGAAUGGAAGCACAAAAAACCUGUUACAGAUGACCGAUGUGUAUUAUUCAUCUGGCUUAAGAGGUUCAGAAGUGGACCGGAAUGGUUUGCAUCCUUACAGUGGCCUACCUGGAUCACGCUACUCUUGCAUCUACACUGGACAAUACAAUCCAUCUUUCAGCAGUGAAGAAACAAGAAGAAGAGAUUAUUUCUAGCCAAGUUAAAAUAGAGAUUUAUUUUUGUGUCAGAACAGAGUAUGGGACCAAUGAACCAAAAGUAAAAUGAGGAAUUGCUGCAAAAAAAAUUGGAUUCUGAACAUUUGUGGUGAAGGACUGGUGGAAUGUGAAGGAAUUGUUGUGUGCAGUGUACUGUAUACAGCAGCUACUGUAGAUCACACUGAUGGACAAGUGAUAGACCCGAUCAGCUGUACUGAAUGGUUUUAUUUGCAUCAGCAUACAAAGACUUUGCUUACAAAUGGACAAUUGUACAUUGUGUAAUUGUGUAUUUUUUGUGGUUUGUUUUUCUAGUUUGUCAAUAACUUAUAAACAAUCACAGUGUUUUCAGACUGGUCAAAUGAUAAUAUCGCACAGACAAAAGAAACACUAACUGAUGAAUUUGUGGAAGAACUGGAAACUUAACAUUUCUGGCCUGGUGCUGAGAUAUUGCUCAGGUGAAUUAGAGCAUUGCUAACUAUCAGGACUCGGGCCUUAUUCAUGCUGGAAAUAUUAGUAUCUGAUUUCUGAAUGUUCUGAGAUUUUUCUGGAUCCUUCUGUGUGUCUGUGGUGUCUAGUUCACAAAGCAUUCCUUUCCUUUCCAUUAAUACCUUCGCUGACUCCAGCAGAUCUUCCAACAGGUAAAAAGAGCUAGACAGACAAUUUCUGAUACUGUGGGAAGUGCGAAUAGAAUGUUCUUUUAUGGUUGAAACAUUCCAUCCAGAGCACAACGUGCUAUUGAGCAGCUACUUGAAAGUGACGAAUGCUGUAUUCUGUUUUUGAUUCUCGUUAGGUUUUCUAUACUGCAAUUAAAUUCAGAAGAUUCCAAUUCUUUUCAUACCCUCUAUUUGCAAACAGCUGAAAAUGUUGCUUCACUUCCAUUGUGAAUCUGUGUUGUUACCUCUACAAGUACAAUUUUUAGCUGUACCACUAUAGUUGGUCCAGAAUAAUCCGCAUGUAUAAAAUGACUAUAUACUGCUUGUUGCUUUGCCCAACCUUCACCAUAUUUAUUUAUUUAUUUUUAAACACACCAGCAACUCUGCUGCCCACAUGUCGAGAAGGAAGUCAUAAAAAAUUUUGGGACUAGCAAGCUUUGCGCACUGUUGAUUUUUUUUUAAUCCAUUAAUGACUUUUAUUGUGACCCUGUGUUCCAUAAAACACAAAAGGUGUAGCUUAGAAUUGGAUGACUUGGGCCUAUGUCUUUUUGCUUCCUUCCAGUUCAAGGAGUUUGCACCACAUAAUGGCCAAUAUUCUCUUUGACCAAUGGUUAAGCUCUGCACAUUCCACACUCAGCACUUUUUUUAAAAAAAAGAUUGGGCUUCAUCUGCCCAAUCUGCUUUCUGUCUUAAUAUAUUCUACUUAUAUAGGGAGUUAUUUCCCUUCUUGUACUAAGUAACCUUUUGUGAAUGGUGCUUGUGGAAUUUCUUGUAAUAUCUUCUGAGUCUUUGGGAUGUUGACCAUCUUUCUGUUUGUCACUUUAAUUGAUCUUAUUUGAUUUACAGGACACAUUCACUCAUUAUAUAUGCCUCUUAAGAGCAGAAAUUAGGCCAUUCAGCCCAUCGAGUCUGCUCCACCAUUCAAUCAUGGCUGACUUUCUCAACCCCAUUCUCCCAUUUUCUCCCCGUAAC